CAAGAGAUAGACGUUAUUAAAACUUGGCUGCUGUUCUGCUCUCUGAAACAAAAUCAAAUGGAGUCGUCACAGGGGAAAGGUAAGGACAAUGGAGCCCGGUACCGGGGGAUUCGAAGGAGGCCGUGGGGGAAGUUUGCAGCGGAGAUUCGUGAUCCGACAAGGCAAGGGACGAGGCUGUGGCUCGGAACAUUUGAUACAGCUGAGGAGGCGGCGAGGGCUUAUGACCAGGCGGCUUUUGCUUUCCGGGGACAUUUAGCGAUCCUUAAUUUCCCCAAUGAAUACCAACACCAAAGUAGAAGCUCUAAUUCCUCUGCUUCUGGUGCUGGUAAUUCAAUCAAUGUUGUUGCUGGUGGGAACAGAUUAGGUAAUGAUGAAGGGGGUUCAAGUGGUGGAACAACACAAGGGGAAGUCAUAGAGUUUGAAUGCCUGGAUAGUAAGUUGUUAGAGGAGCUUCUUGGAUCACAAGAAACUAGACAUGAAUAAAUCAACAACUCAUGAAUUACUUAUUUUGAAUUUUGUCUUUAUGUUUUUUUUUUUUUAUUAAUUCAUUUCAUUUCAAUUGUUUGUCAUUAGCAAAUAAUAUGGGGGCUUGCGUGUUCAUUGUCCCUGAUGAAUACCCGCCACAUGGGAUCGGGGCCCAAGUCUAGCA